AUGGGGUUUCAAUGUAUUCCCAUGGGUAUAUACGUCUUGGAACCUAAUAUGAUCGGGGUUUCUCCCGGAGUCCAUUUCAUGGAGAGUGUAGAGAAAAAAUGCACGUCCUUCGAGGUCAGCAAUAAGAAGAAAUUUCCUACGUUCGCUAGGACCGUCGCAACAGACACACAGGUAACCCUAUCAGUCAUCCAGCUCCUUCGACACUUCAACUGGUCCACAGUUAGCUUGGUAUACUCCACCUUAGAAGAUAACUUAUCGCUGGCUCAUAACCUGCUCCUCCGGAUGAAGAUGAACAACAUCAACGUGUCCCACCACGAGGAGUACAAGGCCAACUACUUUAGGAAGUACUUGACAGAUGACGAAGACGAUUUGCGAUUGUUGAAGAUUGUGGAAAAAACGUACAAAGAAACGAGAAUUUAUAUUUUUCUUGGACAAAACUUUGAGCUGUAUCACUUCUGCCAAGCUUUGGACGACAUGGGUCUUCUGGAAAACGGAGAGUAUGUUGUAGUUCAGGUCAACUCGCAGAUACCUAACGAGUCGGACUUAAAAGGUCUUGAAGCAGAUCCUUACUCGAGAUAUUUCACCCCUGAGGUGCUUGGAUUUUACAGAAAUGUCCUGGUACUGUUCCACACGCCCCCUGCUGAGAUAGUCGCCCAACAGUUUAAAGAUGCCAUCGUAACGUAUUUACAGGAGCCUCCGUAUAACACAAAUUUCACCGGACUGGACCCAGAUCUCAUGGUGAUCAACGAAGCAGCUUAUUUUUUGUACGACGCUGUUAUGCUGUACGCGUAUGGUUUAAAUGCCACACUGAGUAAGGGAGGCAGCAUCACGGAUGGAAAAGCAAUAAUAGACGAAAUUCUUGAGCAAGGGACUUACCAGAGUGUAUUGGGUAUGCAACGUGUUAUAAACAGCGAAGGCGACGCCAUAACCAACGUGUCGGUGUUUGUGUUGACGCAAAACCAGACUGUAGGCGACUACUAUUACACGUUCAAAAUUGGAGGCAACUUCCAAUUUAACCAAUCGAACAACGAAACCAUGCUGUCCCUAAAGCUACUCCAAGACGUCCCGAUAGCCUGGGUAGCUGGCAAGGUACCACCAGACAUGCCGAGGUGUGGCUUCAAACACGAACUGUGCAAGCCUCCAGAAUUCACAUUAUCACCUGUGCAGAUAGCUGGUAUUGUUUUAGGCAGUUUAUUACUAAUCACAUCAAUCAUCGGUGGCAUUUUUUACAGAGUAUGGAAAUAUGAACAAGAGCUUGCAAGACUACUGUGGAGAAUAGACUAUCAUGAAAUCAAGUUCAAAGGUCAAGAUGGGUCGACUACAACAAUGGGGAGUCGGGUAAGCAUCAUGACAACUGAGAGCCGAGCUUCCGGUGACGGGUUGAGAGGUCAAAUCUUCACCAAUGUUGGCAAGUACAGGGGAGCGAUGGUAGCCGUCAAGAAAAUAUUCAAGAGGCAUAUUGACAUCAAUAGAGAAGUCAAGAAAGAACUGAAAAUACUUAGGGAUGUUCGUCAUCCGCACUUGAACCAGUUCAUCGGGGCCUGCAUAGAUUCGCCAAAUAUCUGCAUCAUAUCGGAAUAUUGUCCCAAAGGGAGUUUACAGGAUAUACUUGCGAACGAUGAGGUGAAAUUAGACAAUAUGUUUGUGGCUUCAAUAGUUGGUGAUAUCAUAAAGGGAAUGCUCUUUUUGCAUUCUUCGGAAAUCCACACGCAUGGAAAUUUGAAAUCAUCUAAUUGCUUAGUAGACAGCAGAUGGGUGGUCAAGAUAUGUGACUUUGGACUAUGGCGAUUCAAGUCUAACCAGCAACUCACCGACAUGGGAGAGCACGCCUACUAUGAAAGUCUGUUAUGGAAGUCACCUGAGCUGCUCAGGGAUCCAUGUCCACCUCCAACGGGUACCCAGAAGGGAGAUAUUUACGCCUUCUCAGUCCUUCUCUUCGAGAUCAUUCUACGAAACGGACCAUAUGGGAAUACAGUCCUUAAUCCUAAAGAGAUCGUUCACAGGGUGACAUACCCGCUGGAAAACACCAAGCCAUUCAGACCCAACGUGAACGAGAUUGAGGAGUGCUCAGACUGCGUCAUCCACAUCAUGCAGGAGUGUUGGGACGAGUUACCGGAACACAGGCCAGACUUCAAGACGAUCAGGUCCCGGUUAAAGCCGCUCAACAAGGGAAUGAAGUCCAACAUUCUGGAUAACAUGAUAGGAAUCAUGGAGAAGUAUGCCACCAAUCUGGAAGGUAUUGUGGAGGACAGAACCCAACAGCUUAUAGAGGAGAAGAAGAAGACUGAUAACUUGUUGCAUCAGAUGUUGCCGAUGCCUGUGGCAAAUCAACUGAAACGAGGUCGGCAGGUGGUACCCGAGUCAUUUGACUCUGUUUCAAUCUUCUUCAGUGACAUCGUCGGCUUCACUGCCUUGUCAUCAGCGAGUACGCCCUUCCAGAUCGUCGACAUGCUUAACGAUCUGUACUCCCUCUUCGAUGCCAUCGUCAGCUACUACGAUGUGUACAAAGUGGAGACGAUAGGCGACGCCUACAUGCUGGUCUCCGGCCUACCCAUACACAACGACAGACACGCUGGAGAGAUUGCCUCAACUUCAUUGCAUCUUUUAGAUGCUGUUCAACACUUUGAGAUAAGACACAGACCCAACGAGCGUCUAAAGCUGAGGAUAGGUCUUCAUUCGGGUCCAGUUGUGUCGGGGGUGGUUGGUACCGCAAUGCCUCGAUACUGUCUGUUUGGAGACACUGUCAACACAUCGUCAAGAAUGGAGUCCAAUGGUUUACCUCUUAAAAUACACUGCAGUAAAGAGAUUGUGGAUAAUCUAGAAACAAUCGGUGGUUACUUCCUGGAGGAACGGGGUCUGGUGAACAUGAAGGGCAAGGGGGAGCUGCUCACGUACUGGCUGGUGGGACAAAUCGACAGUUACAAACGAGAGAAACCUCUCACAGUAAACUAUGCCGACCAGGACGAUGCCUACGAGAAACGGACUUCAAAGUAUUUGAGCAUGCAAGGUGUUAACGAGAGGGACAGCUUUAGUGGAAGCGGCAGGAAGUUGGAAACCGUGCCUGAGACGUGGUCUCAAUGUGGGGGCUGUCCGAAAGGCCGCUCCUCGACCACUGCAUUGAACAGACAACACACGGCGUUCAAUCCCUCGGACCGGAAGAGGUACGAGAGUAACAUGCAAAACUGUGUGUCAGAGACCACGUUACCGGAGUCGGUAGCGGAACAGGAGCUGAUCCGGUCGGAACUGACGAACACCAAUGGGCUGAAGCUCCAGUCCCAUCCGCAGCACGAGGUCAAGUUUGACGAGCCGAACAAGAAGAGGUACAGUGACACAGACAUCACGUUCAGCAUACCAAUGAACGCAUGCGAGACAGAGACCAUUGUCUGAUAAACCGUUACUCCGACCCGUUGCUGACAAGGAGGGUUUUCCCCACUCUUGGGAGUAACUCGUAUCCUCUCUGGUAGACCUAAAGAAUCUCAGUCAGAUUUCAAAGAAGAAUUGCCUAUGUGAUGAUGACGUAAAAAACAACCUCAUCCCCCAACGAGAGAGUCAUCAGUCGUCCUCAACGGAUAAAGACCAGCAGUAUCCCCACGGGGGAGAUGGUUCAAAGUUUAUGGCCAGGGUUUAAGUUGAGUUACAAUGAGCCAAACUGUGGGAAUGUAUAAAUUAGUGCCGCCGUAUUCCCCGCAGCGACAGGCUCUUAUAUCGGAAUUAUUUCAAUAUACUACCCUUUUUUUUAUGAAAGUGCUCUUAAAACUAAUAGUUUUCUAGAUAUUCGUUAAGUGUUUUGUCCUGAGGUAAAAAAUAUCGUAACCGAUUCUUUGGGAAAUUUGUUGAUGGUUAAAAUUUCGACAUGAGACUACUCAUUGUAUGUUCCCAAAACGUUUGAAUGGGGUCGAGUUGUCUCUUUCUUGAUAUGCCACCAUGCUAGCAGUCUCUAUCGUGCGAAAGGGUUUCCCUCUGCUUGGACUUAAGGGGCAGGGUUGUACAGGGCUGAGCGAAUUCAUUCAGGUGCUUGGGGUGUCUCAACUGCAAUUCUUUCGUGGUACAGUAUUACAGAGGUUUUAUUCAAGCAAACACGGGUGACUUUUUUUUUCUACAAAGCAACGAAUGAAAGCAACGAAUGUAGCUAUUAUUGAAUGUAGCUCAUUAGCCUACACUUAGUUACAAAGGAUGAUGGUAGCAACAUCAGAUAUCUCAAGCUUAUCUAACCACGACUUUUUGGAUCCCUCCGUUCCAGAAAAAACUCAUGUGAGCUCAAGUUCAGUCCCAACCCAUUGGAACACAUUCAACGGAUUUGUUGUAGCAAAGUGUACAUCCAACUUGAAUUCCAUUGCAGUUCAAACUAAUAGUCUUAUACUAAUAUCUAAAAACAAAAUGGUAUUUACACUGGUUUAUUUAAUUAUUGUUGUCUGUUUCCUCACCAUACAAAACCCAUCACUAAAUAAUAUGAGUCAAUGAUUAUUCAUACUAAUCCUACUCGUUGGUGCGGCUCUUUUUGAACUUUUACAUUUUAUUUUAUUGUUAUCAAAGACCGAUCACAAAAACAAUUCUUCUUAAUGAUCUGUGACCCUAACCCUUUGUUAAAAAAAAUCAAUCUCUUCAGCUCACCAUGAACCCAUGAAGAAUUAAAGACUUAGAUUGCCUCCAUGAACUAUGGUGCUUAUCAAAACGAUUAAGGGGACGAGAGCAAAUUAACCAACUGGCAGAACAGACCAAGCUGCAGGCAGCUGACGUUCUAUAUUAGGUAGAUAUUCAUGUUUGUGGUCCAUUGUUUAUACAGGCAAUUCAGUUGCCUUUUUGUUUUAGUAGAAUAGUAUGAUACAAAGUGAUAUAAUACAUGUCUAAUGGAGCUCCUAAACCUAGUAUGUGAUAAUGAAUGUGUGUUUUGAUUGUGUUGGUUUUACUCUGUUAAAUAACAUAAAUUAUAUAAAAUCAUUAUGUUUUAAUUUGAUAAUUUUCUUAGUCUUCCCGCAAUUAUCGAAAUACCACAUUCUGUUUCACAGAAUUCGAAGUGACUGCAUGGGGUAUAGCCAUUCACAGAUUUCUGAAUAUUGUUGUAUAGUACUGGAAACCUUUCCUGUGUUAUCCACCUAACUCCUUUAUUGUUUACUUUUGUUUUUUUAUUUUAAAGGAAUGCACGAUUUGCAAUGUAUUGUACACUCAGCAAUAGACUAUUUUAGUGACUCUGUCCUUGUUAUUGAGCUUUGCAUUGGUAUCAUGAAAUUGAUUACUUCGGAUAAAACAGGUCCAAUUGUUUGUGGACAUAUGGUAAUAACAAUAUAAAAAUGUGUUUAUUUCAUGUACAGAGACAUUUAUUGCACUGGGUAUUGUUAUAGGCAUUGUUAUGAGAGAAGUAACAGUCAAUUAUUGCCCAAGUGACUGCUAGUUGUCCAGUGUUUUUACUUCAUGUACAUUGUGUACAGACUCCAUCACAAGAACCAUCAGUGUAACAGCGACAGUCAUUGAGCAAGUUUGAUCAAGGAACUAAGUCGACUUUUGUCGACCAUUGGGCGAUUUGUUCUGGUACCCAGGAUGUAUUUCAUGGAUAGGUUACCAUGAACUAUUGACUAUAUAGUUGACAAAUGGUCGCUGAUCGAACUUGCCCAUUAUUUCCCUGUAAAAGUAGACCAUUUUCAAUGUUUGCUUUAAAUAUGGAUCAAGGAUCUAAAAAAUAAUUUGAGCCCUCUUGUGGUGCAGGCUUAUCCAUUGGUCUUGCUGGAUGGCGUUUUACAGACGUCGGUGGCAGCAAAAAGUAUUACUGUUAAUCAAUCUUCUUAAAAUAACAUGGCCAGAAGCACACCCUUUUUUGUUUGCUUCAACCUCUCCUCAAAAAUGAUCCCAAGUGAUGAAGCCAAGAUUUUUCAACAGACAAAAAAAUGUGGAUUUUCCUAAAGAACUUGUUAUGAGAACACAGGCAAACAAACGGGAACCCAAAACAAUGUAUGACAAGCAUACUAGUUCAGACUUUGACAACACCUCUUGCAAUUAAUCACUCAGCCAAAAUUUAAAAAAUUCUGUUCAAAAAUAAUAUGUGGACCAAAAUGAGAGAACCUUGCACUAGAUCUACACUAGGAAUACCCCUCAACUGAAUUGGAUCUCUCAUUAAUCUUGAUUUGAUUAAUCCUGAGCUCUAUAUUAUUCUAAAAGGACACCAUGUUUACCAAAGCAGUUUUGAUGUAAGUUCUGGUAUCAACAGUCAAAAGAGCUAUUUUUUCCGGUGCCAACGAAGCACUUUGGAAAUACAUCAACCAUACAAAUAUUCUACUCAAAAAUCAGUGUGACACAAGUUAUACCUUGUAUUUCACACAAUUUUGAGAUAUAACAAUAUUUAUUGUUGUAUAUACUCACAAAAACUUACUAUCAACAUUAAGACCUUACCUUAAACUCUUGUGACACAGUAUCCAUUUUAAUCCAGGUUUUCCCAUCAGCACAAUCUGAAAAAAGAUAAUAAUAAUAAUACCACAUAAUAAAUUAUUUGGAUGUAGCCUACCAGGGGUCUGAUUUCACAAACGGUUCAGAUUAAUCUGUUAAACUUUUGAUUAAUCUUAAUUGCAAAGCAAAGUGAGAUGUCACAAUACAAAUCUUUCAUCUUAGCCUAUUCUUGAAAAGAUAAUAAUAUUAAUAAUACAAAUGGCUUGGUAAAAGCAAUCACUCAAAACUCAUUUCAAGAAGCCUGUGCUGCCAAGUAUGUAGUAUACUAAAGCUUAAAGAUUCACAAGAAGCAUCUCUGCCCACAGGUACCCAUUGACCCCUGGGUGAAGAGAAGCAUUAACAGUUGAAGUGUCUUGCUCAACCACACAAGCGUCACGACAUGGAUUCAAACCCACACACCCCAAUGACUAUAACCACUAUAAGUUCAAUUUCAUGACACCCAUGAUUCAAGUGCUUUAUGAUAACCAGCAUACAGUGCAUUUCUUGAAUCGACACUUGAUUACCACAUGAUCGUGGUAGAUUCUUUCAAAUCAAAAUGUCCAUUUUCAUCAAUUGGAACAAUAAAAAAAAAAAUUGUAAUCUCAAAAACUUGAAAUGGUCUGUCUUUAUCAGAAAGUCGCUGUUCCUGUUAGUUCUAUGUGUGGAUUUAUAUGGCGGUUGGAUAUGACCAAUGAGAUUCGUAUUUAGUAGAGCCUUUUUGUAAAUGGUACAUAAUUAUCAUUACACUUAAAGAAAAAACACUGGGUCUGAAUUGACUCAAGUUCUUGGUCCUAGAGGGGCUUGACCAAUAUCCAGGUCAACUUGACCCAUUUCUGGUUCAGGCUGACCAGGAAUCUGGUUUUUCAGAUUUGAUGUUUCGUGGAGUUCUGUGUCAGUUUGAACCUUUCUGGGUAAUUUUGACAGAUAUACCUGGUAAUACCUACCCAGAAAUGGGUCACGCCGACCCAGACUGUAGGUCAGGCUCCCAUGCGACCCAGAUUCUGGGUCAAUUCUGACCUGUUUUUGUUUAGAUUGUAUUAUUAUUAUUUUCAUACAGGUAGUUAUAGAAACUUCAGUGGCACAUUAGAAAUCUUAUUAAUGACUAAUUUUUCAUUUUGUGGGUGCACAGGGUACAAACAAGAGUUUUGUGAUAGACUACCCACAGACUGGCAGUAACUAAGGUCAGAUUGAAGAAUGAUUUCUUAUGUCAUUGGGAGACAGGAUUUCAUAUAUAAUUCUUACUGGCUUAUGAUUACGGUGCAGAGUUCUGCCCACAGUGGUCGGUGACGGACAACCCAGCCAACCCUCAGGAUUCCCCACUCUGUAAAAAAUGCUGGGCAGAACUUGUGUUGAAAGUUGUAACACAUACCACCAUGGUCCAAUUUUCAUAGAGCUGCUUGAGCAUGAAACGCUGCUUAUAAAUCAAUUGUCUGCUCAGCAGAUAUGAGCAGAUAUGAGGAUACCAGUAUAUUGGCUGACAACCUUAAUCUAGUAAGCUUAAUUUUGUUGGCUUGGUUACUUUGUUUGCUUACGCAGCUCUAUGAAAUUGGGCCAUAUCAUUAAAUGUUAUGUGUGUGAAACUUUCACUUAUGGCCAAAUCUUACCUCUAAAUCCUCUGGGCUUUGUUACCAGCAUUUGGGUCAGGGUUCAGAAGGGGUUCCAAAGACAUUCAUGACAUCCUCAAAGUCACCUGAGAAUUGUUUGAAAAAAACUGUCUGUUGUAUGUUCUUACCAAAGUUAAAAUAUAUACACAGUUUAGUGCAAAUAUAUUGUAUCAUGUUCAACAGGGAAUAAUUUCACAUGGUAGGCCUAUUUGAUGGUUGGACCAAUUUUGGGUUAAAACUUGUUAAUAUAAAAACUAUAUGAAAAGGUUGUUUGUAAACUUUACUGAAGUUAACAAUGGACAUUGAAUGUUGUAUUGUAUGUACUGUAAUCAACAUUGACCGCCAAGUGCAUGCUUUAAAAAUCAGAAAUGUACAGGUAGAACUGUGGAGACCCAACCCGCCUAUUGACCCCUUGCACACGUGUCACACCAUGUUGGUGGUCAAUAGGCUUACGUGUAAACGCAGCGUCACCUAAA